AUAAAAACAUAAGUCCUCAAUCUAGCAGAAGACAGAUUAAACAUGCAUCCCAUAAUAGAUCACAAAGUCAUUCGUCAAAUGACAGCACACUCUUUUCUAUUGAUCCACCAAAACAACGUUGGAUUCAAGUAACUAAUAAUAUGAAAACCUUUAUCCCAACCAAUAUUACUGAUCUCGAAGAUUUAAAUUCGAUAAAAGAUACAAUAUUCUCUCAGCUAGGGAUUGACUUUAAUGAGAAAGAAGAUUAUACGAUUCACGUGUUGACUAAGUUCGGUCUACUAAAAGAUAAAGAUUUAGGAGCACCAAUUAGUGAUCUUGAUCUCAUGCAAAAAUGCAUGAAUACAGAUGAUCGUGGUGACUUAAAAUUAUUGGUCAAGCGGAAACAACUGCAAAAUGAAUUUAGUUCGAUAGCAGAAGAUCCACAGGAUAUGAAUAGGCUCAGAUAUCAUAGGAGACAACCAUCUGGUAGUCGGAUCUCUGGGUCACCUCCUCAAGAUUUGACCUCACAAGAUAAUGAAAUUCAUUAUUAUGAUGAUAUACAUCGAAAUACGGCUUUAGUAGAAUUUCAAAAUGAAAAUCACUUGUCAAAUCGUAUUGAUUAUAAUUGGAAUGGUGGCACGUCACCAAGGCUUCAAAGAUCACAUCCUGCGAUUUUACAACCAGCAAAUGGUGCAAUUCGUCGUCACACUAGUAGAGAACAUAUCUCUCAAGCACCUAUGUCUAUUCCUUCGAAAACACAUACCGUUCCACAACCACAUAAUCAAUCCCAGUAUUAUGGUGUUGGGCCAUAUAACCAGUAUCCCAAUAAAUACAGUAAAUCACAACCUCAUUUGCCAGUUUCACAAAAUGCUCUAUCUAUGAACCUUCACGAAAUGCCAGAAAAUGAGUCUCCUUAUGUACAUAAACGUACAAUGUCAUCUGAACCAGACCUUACACUUAGGAAGCCUGAUAUUCCCAAUAAUAUAGUUUUUCCGGACAGUGUCGAUGAAAAACCUCUUUGGCCCAAAUUAACAGAUAGUAGUUCUACACGUAUUGAAGAAGAAAUAUCCAUAUGGGCUAAACCACCUAAACCUACAAAUCCUUCGCGAUCAUCCAAUGUAUCAAGUCCUGUGGAUACCUCGCAUCAAAUUACAGAUAAAAAUGAUGAUAGGGGAAGGCUUUUGUCAAAAAUACAAAAUAUUAACAAUGCUGAUGAAGAAUCAGUAGCUCAGAUACAUAAAAGAAGUAGUUUUAAACAAAGUGAUAAUCAGGUAGUAAUUGACAGAAAUCCUGCUAAUAUCGAACGACAAAACAAUUUACCCGAAAAUGGUGAACCAAAUAAUAAAGUUAACAAAGUUCAAAGUAUAACCUCGCAAUCACAGCAGCUUAAAAAGCGGCAUACUGGCGGACUUGCUCGAACAGUUUCAAAGCGCAGAGGCGUAAAGGCUGAAGAAUCCUGGAUUGAGAGACCAACUGCAGAAGAUAUUUUUGAAGAUAUAGAGCAAUAUUUCCCAAAUCAUGAUGUUGAUAUGCCUAUCGUUGAUGCUCAUGUAUCUGCUCAGAAUUCAGCGCCGAGUGAUGAACCAUUGCCACGAACAACGCCAGUAUCCGCUAUUCCUGAAAAAAGCGGAGUAACAAUUUCGCGUGUAAAGUCUAUUCGUGUUGUCGCUAGAGAAGCGAGAGAGCGUGAACGUACCAAUCGGAAAUCAGUUGAAGCCACUACAGUAAAAGAAGGAAAACUUAGUAGAAGACCCACGACUAAACUAUGGAACAUGCGUGUUGUUGAGCAAAUACCUGCUGGCAAAAAAGCACCCUGCAUUUCCGGUUCGGACGAAGAUUGUACCGAAAAAAAACGUGUUAAAUGGGUAAAAGGUAGACUAAUAGGUAAAGGUAACUUUGGAAAAGUAUACCUUGCGUUGAACCUAAGUUCGUCGGAAGUGGUGGCAGUCAAGCAAAUAGAGCAACCGUUAACUCCUUCAGAUAAAAGGAAUGAACGUCAUAAAGUUCAGAUAAAAUCUUUUAAGGAUGAAAUGGAAAUUUUAAAAGAUUUAGACCAUGAACAUAUAGUUUCAUAUAUCGGGUAUGAAGAAAACGAAGAAAAUAUUAACAUUUUUCUUGAAUAUGUUAACGGUGGAUCAAUCGGUACAGUUUUAAGAAGUAAUGGCCCGUUUAAAGAGCCUGUAGUAAGAUCAUUCACACGGCAGAUUUUAGACGGUUUAAAAUACCUGCAUGGAAAAAACAUAUUGCAUAGGGAUAUUAAGGCGGACAAUAUCCUUGUUGAUGAAGAUGGUUGUUGUAAAAUCUCUGAUUUUGGAAUAUCAAAGAGAAGUGACGCCUUUGCCUACGACAAUAAAUCUAAUAUGACGUUACAAGGUACAAUUUUCUGGAUGGCACCAGAGGUUUUCACUAAUGGAUACAGUGCCAAAGUAGAUAUAUGGGGUCUUGGUUGUGUGGUACUGGAGAUGUUUACUGAUGAGCGACCUUGGGCUCCAUUUACAGAUGUCACUGCAAUGUUUAAGAUUGGAAGUGAGAAAAAAGCGCCUCCAAUAAGAGAAGAUGUCAAAGAGUCAAUAUCAAAAGAGGCCCAGGACUUCUUAAACCAAUGCUUUAUAAUAGAUCCAAGUCUCAGACCAACAGCUGAAAAACUCUUAGAACAUCCUUUCGCACAAGAGGAUUCAAAUUUCAAUUUUAAAGACUAUAUAAAGAUACCUAAUAAUAACAAUACUGUUUCUGUGAUACCAGAAGAUCAUGAAAGCACGGAUGAAUUUUUCGAUGUUCCGCACAUUGUCUUUAGUGGUGAGACUAUAACAAGUGCCAAGUAUACGCAAAAAGCGGGUGGAAAAGGUGCUAAUCAAUCAGUAGCCAUAGCAAAAGCAGGUGCAAGGGUAUGGCAUGUUGGAAAAAUUGGUCAUGACGGAAUUUGGAUUAAAGAAUAUAUGGAAAGUCAAUUAGUGAACGUGGAUAAUAUAAUUAUAUCUAAAGAACAGCCAACUGGACGAGCCAUAAUUCAACUUUCCCAAGACACACGAGAUAAUGCUAUAAUUCUCCUUCCAGGAACGAAUCAUUUGCUGAGCGAAAUAGAAGCACAAGAAGUUUUAGCACAAGGUUUUGGAAAAGGUGAUUGGUCAGUUUUUCAAAAUGAAAUAGGACUUAUUGGCGGUAAGAUAUUGAAACUUUGCAAAAAUCUUGGACUGACGACUGUUUUAAAUGCAGCACCAAUAUCAGAAGAUAUUACAAAAAUAUUUUCAUUUGAUUUAGUAGAUUAUUUAAUUGUCAACCAACUAGAGGCAACUCAAUUAUAUCGACAAAUUUUUGCUAUUAGUGUCACUAUUGAACUGUCAUCAACAGAAUUAUUGAAUGCACUUUCAAAUGAAUUUCCACAAUUAAUUGGAAUUAUCAUUACUCUUGGAAGUGAUGGAUUAGUAGCCUGGUUUGGUCCAGAAAAACGUGUCUAUACCUUACCUGCAUUUAAAACAACUUUGUGUGAUACCACCGGAGCUGGUGAUGCAUUUACUGGUUAUUUUAUUGCCAGUCUUGCUAGAAAUCAAUUGAAAAAUGAACAAAAUAUAUCAAUUGAUGUUGAAUCAUUUAUUUUACCAACGGCUGAGCAAUUUUUGGAUUCAUUGAAAGAAGCAAUUGUGGCAGCUGGAUUAGCUGUUAGCAAGUAUGGUACGAUGGAGAGUUUUCCAUAUUUAGAAGAAGUCAAAGAAAAGCUUGAAUAUUUUUAG